AUGUAUUAUUCCCUAGCGCGCUCCCCCUUGCGUCUGCCGGGGUCGGCGGAUAUAAUAUGUUUUAUUUUUCUUAGUUUAUUUUAUCCUUCCAACCCGUUGAUCAAUUGCCAGGCCAAGCCCAGCCAGAUCAAGCCGGGUUUCUACCGAAAGUCCUAUCAGGAAGAACCGACUGUCACAUCAAGAGCCGUUCGGACCUGCUCCAUCUCGGAGGAACUCAAAGAGAAGAUGGAGAUUAUCGGUCGGAAAAACAAAGACGAACUGGAGCCAGUGGAGGAAGGCGGCUUCGAGGAAAUCUCGAACCAGUCCCACAGGAGGCACAGUGUUACCGAAUGGUCUGAAGAAAGCAAUGCAGAGGCUGUCUCAAAGACCACAAGUGAAUGGUAUUUUGAUGGCAAGCGACGGCCGAGCAAUCGGUCAUCGGCAACACUCACGUACUCCAUGAGUAUGGAGCCAGAGUGA